GGUGGCUGCUCUUCUCUCUUCUCCUCGCUGUUUCCACAUGGCCGAAUACUCAGCGGUAGCGCCGCCGAACGCUCUGGCGUCGGCGGGCGGAGGUCCCCCAGGAGGUGGUGGUGGAGGAGGUGGAGGCGGCGGCGGUGGAGGAGGUGGUCCUGGUCCCAAUAACUCCGGCGGGGGAGGAGGCGGCGGAGGAGGAGGAGGAGGCGGCGGCGGAGGGCCCGGCGGCUUCAAAAACGACGCGUUCGCCGACGCCCUUCAGAGGGCGAGACAGAUUGCAGCAAAAAUUGGUGGAGAUACAGGAACAACAACAAUAAGUACACCUGACUAUGGAUAUGGUGGACAGAAAAGGCCCUUGGAAGACGGAGAUCAACCAGAUACCAAGAAAGUUGCCCAGAAUGACCCAUUUGGAGCGCAACUAGCAGCAAUGCAUCAACAGCGGUCAAUUUCAACAGAGGAAUACAAAGUUCCUGACAGCAUGGUUGGAUUUAUAAUUGGUAGAGGAGGAGAACAGAUCUCACGUAUACAGCAAGAGUCUGGGUGCAAAGUACAGAUUGCGCCUGACAGUGGUGGUUUACCAGAAAGGUCUUGCAUGUUGACGGGCAAUGCUGAUUCUAUUGCAGCUGCAAAGAGACUACUUGAUCAGAUAGUUGAAAGGGGCCGAAUUGGUCCAGGUACACACCAUGGUGAUGGAGCAGGUACUUCUGUGCAGGAGAUCAUGAUUCCUGCAAGCAAGGCUGGGCUUGUUAUUGGAAAAGGCGGAGAAACGAUCAAGCAGUUACAGGAGCGUGCUGGAGUGAAGAUGGUGAUGAUUCAAGAUGGACCUCAGCCGACAGGAGCAGACAAGCCUCUUCGAAUAACCGGAGAUCCAUACAAAGUCCAGCAAGCCAAGGACAUGGUGAUGGAUUUAAUUCGUGACAGAGACCAAGGUGGUUUUAGAGAACAGCGUAAUGAGUAUGGAUCUCGUGUGGGAGGAACGAACGAAACCUUGGAUGUCCCCGUACCGCGAUUUGCUGUUGGUAUUGUAAUAGGGAGAAGUGGGGAAAUGAUCAAGAAGAUCCAAAACGAUGCCGGAGUGAGGAUUCAGUUCAAACCAGACGAUGGGACGACUCCAGAAAGAAUAGCUCAGAUCCUGGGCCCGCCAGACCGAUGUCAACAUGCUGCAGAAAUACUAAGAGACCUCCUUCGAAGUGUGGAGGCUGGCAUGCCGCCCGGUGCUAGUGGUCCCGGUCCCGGCAGAGGAAGAGGUAGAGGCCAAGGGAGCUGGACUAUGCCCCCACCUGGUGGACUGCAGGAGUUCACUUUCACGGUACCAAGCAGUAAGACUGGCAUUAUCAUUGGCAAAGGAGGCGAGACUGUAAAAGCAAUCAGUCAACAAUCAGGAGCACGGAUAGAACUUCAGAGAAAUCCUCCUCCAAAUGCUGAUCCCAACUUUAAAAUGUUUAUUAUUCGUGGAUCAACGCAGCAGAUUGACUAUGCCAGGCAACUUAUUGAAGAGAAGAUUGGGGCUCCUACUGGUCCUCCUGGGCCACCUGGACCUCAUGGUCCCCAUGGACCCCAUGGCCCACCGGCCCCUCAUGGGCCCCCGGGUCCCCCAGGUCCUGGACCUCCAAUGGGACCCUAUAAUCCUGGGCCCUAUAAUCCCGGCCCUCCUGGCCCACCACAACAUGGACCACCAGCACCUUAUGCUCCACAAGGAUGGGGAAAUGCCUAUCAGCCCUGGCAGCAGCAGGGUCAACCUGAUCCAAAUAAAGCUGGAGAUGCAAAUACCGCUGCAUGGGCAGCGUAUUACGCUCAGUAUUAUCAGCAACAAGCGCAGCAGCCACCUGCAGCUCCAAGCACUGGUCAGGGCAAUACCCCAAAUUCUGCACCGGCGGGUGAUCCAAACCAACCAAGUGCGCCUCCAAAUCCUCAGACUGAUUACACCAAGGCCUGGGAAGAAUAUUACAAGAAAUUAGGUCAACAGGGACAACAACCACAAGGCCCCCAGCAAGAUUACACCAAAGCUUGGGAGGAAUACUACAAGAAGCAAAGCCAGGCAGCUCAAGCCUCUAGUGCAGCACCUCAGCCAGGUGGACAACCAGACUACAGUGCUGCAUGGGCUGAGUAUUACAGACAGCAAGCUGCGUACUACAGUCAGACAAAUUCCCAGCCGAUGCCCCAGCACCCACCAGCACAGCAACCCCCUCAGGGCCAGUAAUGUGAAGUGGAGAUAUUUGCGUCAUUAUGGGAAAAGCCUUUGUAAAAUUUAUGGAUGCAGACGUCUUGAUGAAGAUCUUAAUUUUGUUUUUUGGUUAAGAAACAUAGUGUUUGUUGCUAUUGUCAUACCUAAGAGGUAGAGAACUUGAUAACCAUUAUUUUGUGUAGAAUUGCAAAUUUUUGGUUUGCCUUUAGUGAAUCACAAUAGUUUGAACAUUCCAGCAUAUGUAUUUUCUAUUUUUAUUCAGUCUUUAAAGUGACAUGUGCUUUUGUUGUAAAAUGUAUUAAUUUCACUGUAUACCUGUUCACUUUUAAAAUGCUUGUUUUGUGCUUGACAAUAAAUGAUAUGAAAACC